AUGGCUGCCUCAUGCACAUCAAUGGCUUUGGCCGAAGUGGCCUCUACUUCAGCUUCUUUGAAGGUGGGCUUUUAUAAAUCAACAUGUCCUUCUGCUGAAGCAAUUGUAAGCAAAGCUGUCAACAAAGCCAUUUCUGCGAACCCGGGCAUCGCUGCUGGAUUGAUCAGACUGCAUUUCCAUGACUGCUUUGUGAGGGGUUGUGAUGGUUCAGUGUUGAUAGAAUCUAAACCUGGAAAUACAGCUGAGAGGGACCAUCCAGCAAACAACCCUAGCUUGCGAGGCUUCGAGGUGAUCGAGGAAGCUACGGCUGAAAUUGAAGCCGUGUGUCCUCAAACAGUUUCGUGUGCAGACAUUGUCGCUUUUGCUGCUCGAGACAGUGCUUAUAAAGCUGGUCGAAUAAACUAUGAUGUUCCCGCUUGA